AUUUCCAUGUUGCUGAUGCUUAAGGGCGUUCACGUCUAUCCACUAUUUGUGAUAAUUCUUAACUCACAAAACUUGAUCUUUUUCUGUUUACUGAUACAAUUUUGUUCAAGUUUGUCCGUGAAUGAUCCGUGUACCACUUGCCCUCCUCCGUAGAAUUAAAUUACUUUUCUCGCAGGGAAGAGCAGGUAUACGAUAAAAUAAUAAUCUUACUUGUCAGCGCAUGCCUAUUUUCUCCUUCAGAAAUUUCUCCUCCUCUUUCUCCGGCACAAGAUUUCUGCUGUAUUUCUUUGAAUCCGUCCAUGGAGAUCACCAACGUUUCUGAGUACGAGGAGAUUGCCAAGCAGAAGUUACCAAAGAUGAUCUAUGAUUACUUUGCAUCAGGAGCGGAGGACCAGUGGACACUAAGGGAGAACAGGAAUGCCUUCUCGAGGAUUCUGUUUCGUCCCCGUAUUCUAGUUGAUGUAUCCAAGAUUGAUCUAACCACGACGGUCUUGGGUUUCAAUAUUUCAAUGCCAAUCAUGAUUGCCCCCUCGGCUAUGCAGAAGAUGGCACAUCCUCAAGGGGAGUUGGCAACAGCUAGGGCUGCAUCAGCAGCUAGAACUAUCAUGACACUGUCGUCAUGGUCGACUUCCAGUGUCGAAGAGGUUAACUCAACAGGACCAGGAAUUCGCUUCUUCCAACUUUAUGUCUACAAGGACAGAAAUGUAGUGCUGCAACUUGUUAGAAGAGCUGAGAGGGCGGGCUUCAAGGCCAUUGUCCUCACAGUCGAUACGCCGAGGCUCGGAAGAAGAGAAGCUGACAUUAAGAACAGGUUCACUUUACCACCUUCCCUUACACUCAAGAACUUCGAGGAUCUGGACCUGGGAAAAAUGGAUAAGACCAAUGAUUCAGGGCUAGCAUCCUACGUCGCCAGCCAAGUCGACCGUUCCCUAUCCUGGAAGGAUGUGAAGUGGUUGCAGACAAUUACUUCCCUCCCGAUUGUAGUGAAAGGAGUGAUGACUGCAGAGGACACUAAACUAGCCGUUCAAGCUGGGGUUGCUGGUAUCGUCGUGUCCAAUCACGGUGCUCGCCAGCUCGACUAUGUUCCAGCGACCAUUAAUUCUCUGGAAGAGGUGGUGAAAGCAGCACAAGGGAAAGUUCCCGUGUUCUUGGACGGCGGGAUUCGUCGAGGCACAGACGUGUUCAAGGCAUUGGCCUUGGGAGCUUCUGGGGUGUUUAUUGGAAGGCCGGUGAUUUUCGCGUUGGCGGCCGACGGGGAGGCUGGCGUGCUGAAGGUGCUGGAAAUGCUCCGCGACGAGCUCGAGCUCACCAUGGCCUUGAGCGGCUGCACCUCCCUCGAACAGAUCACUCGAAAUCACAUCAUCACCGAGGCCAACUUGCCCUCCAUGUUAUAGAGUGCGUGGGUUUAGGGUUUAACUAAGACUUAGAGUUGGAUGGUCGAGGACGAUGCUUCAAUAAAAGUUAAGUGAUAUCCAUUGUUGACGUUUAAAGGAAUUCCGAGUUUGAAUCAUGGGCAAAAACUCAAAAAGGCCUAAACACUAUGGAGCGCCUCCUUUUGCAAAUUAAUUAAUUAAUUAAAUGAGUGAUAUCCUUAUUUUGAAUCUAA